CGAAAGCAGAGCAAAAUGAACCGAAGCGCUUUCUGCCCGCCCAACACGCAUCAUCUCAGCUACGACGUCAUCGGCAGCCUUCCUCUUCGUUCCGCUCUCGCCCAAGAAGAUCACGAGAAGUCUCACGAGCCACUUGGUACUACCAGCUGCGAAGACGACGUCGGGAUCCAGACUCACGCCGUCUCCACCAUUGAUAGCGCACUCCUUGCCGAAUUAGAAAGCUGGCAGCGUAAAAGCAUCCAACUACGACGGAAGAGCCGCCGCGAGACUCAAAGGAGGUAUCGAAAGAAACAAGCCGAUUACACGACCAAAUUGGCGGAUGACGUCAAGCAACUCCAGGGUGGUAUCAAGAAGCUCCAACAACAACGGGCCUCUGUCGGUUCGGUAGACAGAGCUAAAAGAAAUGUUUGGAACGUAGCGCUCGCGUACAGUUCCAGUUUCCGUCGUGUGAACACCCAAGGUAUCCGCAGCCAAUUGGAGUUCCUUAGAGCGGCUAUGGCUCCCGAUGUGGCGUUUAACGGCGGUUUUGGGCCUGUUGAAUUGGCGGGAAGUUGGUGUGUUUUGCGCUGGUUCGACAACGUGGACGUGGAUAUCCAGUCGUUAGUCAAGAGUGGCGAAGAUUCCGUUGUCCAGACCACGAAAACAAGCGUGACGAUCACUGAGAGGACGUUGCAGAACCUGUUUCCACACGUGUGUGGCCACGGAAGUGGCGAUGGACGGAGCGCAGAGAUGGCCAGGUUGAUGGCAAGACUAGUUGAUCAGCGGAUUAUCAUGGAUGGGAGGACGGUGUUUCAGUGGGACAGUGCUUCGAACUCCAUGGCGAGUGUGACCACCGAGUGCGACUUGCUAUCGCCGAUUUUGAUGCUGCUGGGUAGUCUAGAGGAUGUAUCACUUCUAUUUGAUCGGGCACUAGUUUCUCCGGAUUUUCAGUGGAGACCAACAAUUUAACCGUCUGAUACUGUAGUUCCUUGGAUUUGAGGGAAGGUCCAAACCGUCUUGGCAAACGUUCACAUUCAUAAUGAAGCCAUAAUCUAAAAAAAAAGAGCUACAUUCACCUAUUUUAGCUUAGA